AUGGCCGUGACGGUACGUCGCGACCAGGAUAACGCGGAAAAAUGCUUCCGGUGUUCGGCGGAUCGAUGGCAGGCCGCCGAAAACUCGGAUCGGCACGCGUGAGUCAUCGGGUUACGAGGAUGACUCACGUAUAAACCGCGGCGGGCGUGGAGGCGUAUUUUUCAUUUUUUCAAAACCCAAUGGCGACGCACAAAUGAUGAUGAAGAGUAUCAAAUGAGAAACAACGAGGAUUCGGAAAAUCUCUACAAGGAGCUCACCAUUAUUGGGACCCUGAAAAAUACGAGGAUAAGUCGGACAAUGAAUGCACGGAGGCCAAAACGAAUGAUUGGAUCAGUAAACAAAUGGAGACCCGACACUAGAGAUCUCGAGGAUAGCCUAGACAAAGACGGAUCGGUAGAGCACAAGAAGACCUGAAUCUUUUGAAUGCAAGGAACGCGGUAGAAUGUGUAAAAUAUAGAGCAGGAUGGAGAAUAUUUGUUAUUGCGGCGAUGGGCCUUAAAGGCUUGUAAAAGCCCGGAAGGAGAAGAAGUAGAAGAAGAACGGCGCGACGUAUGGGCACGCGAAUUCAGCGGCGGGGCCCUCGCCCUUCGGCCUGAAGACUUUAUUUUAAGUUCGGUUUCGUUUGCAGGAAGCACUCUUUCGUUCGGAGUCCCUCAAAGUUGGUCUCCGGUUUAA